UGAAAAUCCGUUCAGUAGUUUUCGAGUUUAUCGCGAACAUACAAACACACUGACAGACGCGGCGGGGGACUUUGUUUUAUAAGGUGUAGUGAUUUCAUACUACUACGUCGAACCCCUCGUCGUCGUCGUCGUGUCCCUAUGACAGCUCGUUCAAGUCUCUUUUGGUUGGGAUAGUUAUAAAAAAUAAUUGAAGAAAUACACAUUUACUUAAAUGUUACCUUUAUAAAAAAUGUCAACUGUCAAAAAUCGAUUCGUGCACCGCACCGCACCAAGGUUGCGGUCUGGUGUGCACACUUUUACCUACAAUUUCACCAGCUAACCAACGCCAAUAGGAACAGAGACGCGAGAGGCAUACUUAUGUGACCAAUAAUAUGCUAUUUUACCAUCAGAACGCUCGGCAUGUCCGCCCGCUCGAUCGUAGCGCGCUCAGCGCGGAGGGCUCGUUCGAGCGCUGCUCUCGGCUGACCGCUGUGCUGACGCAGUUGGGCUUCUACCUGCUCAUCUUCCUCGGCUACCUCAAUCAACUGCUAUUUUCGCCCAAGGUCACCAAAGAGAAGAACAGAGAGGGCUACGCACCGCUGUACAGACCGUUCGAACAAUUCUACUCACUUUACGUGUACCGCCGCGGGCGCCACUGCUUCGGCCGGCCAGUGUGCUCGGCGCCUGACGCAGAGAUCACUCUCAUGGAGCGCUCCAGUGACGACUACAACUGGAGCAUGAGGUUCACAGGCCACGAGCUGCAGUGCGUGAACCUAGGCUCGUACAACUAUGUGGGUUACCGAGGCGGGAAGGACGAGGUAGCAGCCGCGAUGCGAAGGUACGGGCUCGUUUUAAGCUCGCCUCGCGCCGAACUGGGGUCGUGCCCGCUGCAUGAGCAACUUGAGAACGAGUUGGCUGGCUUCUUUGGAGUUGAGGCAGCAGUGGUUGUGGGCAACGGUUUCCUCACAAACAUGCUGACGCUACCCGCGCUGCUGGGCCCCGACGCGCUGGUGUUGAGCGACGCGAGCAACCACACCAGCCUCGUGCUCGGGAUGCGACUCGCGCGCGUGUCCGUGCGCGUGUUCCGGCACAAUGAUAUGCGGCAUCUGGAGCAGCUGGCGAGGCAGGCGCGCGCUGAAGGGUGCUGGCAGAAGAUUGUUAUCAUAAUGGAGGGGAUCUACAGCAUGGAAGGUUCCCUCGCUGCGCUUCCAGCGGCCAUCGCGCUAAAGAAACAGCUAGGCCUUCACCUCUACAUCGACGAGGCUCACAGCAUCGGGCAGGGCCCGCGCGGGCGCGGGGCCACGGACGCGUGUGGCGUCAGUCCGCGAGACGUCGAUGUGCUGAUGGGCACCUUUAGUAAGAGCUUUCCUGGUGCGGGAGGUUAUAUUGCUGGUUCCGCCGAGCUAGUGCGCUGGCUGCGCGCGCAUGGGCCCGCGCACUCGUAUGCGCAGAGCAUUCCGCCGCCCGUCGCCGCGCAGGUGCUGAGCGCGCUGCGCGACCUGCGCGCGCCGGCCGGGCAGGCGCGGGUGGCCGCGUUACGGGACAACACGCGCUAUUUCCGCGCCCGGUUACAAGCGAUGGGUGUGGUGGUACACGGGCACCCCCAGUCCCCAGUAGUACCUAUGCUGGUAUACUCGACCAGCAAAAUGGUAGCUUGCGUAGAGCUACUCUCUGCAGCCGGGAUCGCGGCCGUCGGCGUGGCGUUCCCCGCCACGCCUAUGUACCAGGCGCGCAUGCGAUUCUGCCUGUCGGCUGCACACACUCGGGAGCACCUGGACACGGCGCUGGCGGCCAUAGAGGCGGCGGCGGACGAGCUGGGGCUGCGGUACACGCGCCAACGCGAAAACAAGGCACAAAUGGCAACCACACUAGAGUCCUUCUAAUAGAGCAAGAUCCCGGGCCGCCAGGCCUUACUUAUCUUCUCAUGAAUAAAAUGUAUGGGAUAAUAUAGUGUUAGUACGAGUAUGUACUUUCAAUGUCUGCAUACUUGCUAUAUUGGCCCGACGGCCAUUUGUCCGGUACAAGGUGCUAAAAAUAGGUAAAAAUAUUACUAACUUUUCUUAAAUUCUCAUGGCAGAUUUUUAAGUAUAUUUUAGAAAAUAUUGUUAAAAAUUUAUAAUCAACAUUGUCAGACCAUUUCCGCUGCAGGUAACUAUUACCAAACGCUUUAAAGCUGUCAAAAAUAUUGUAACUUUACUUACAUUCUCACUCUUGAUUUUUAUAUAUGGUACUCAGAACACUAUUACUAUUACAUUUUGUAAGUAGCCAGACCAAUUGGAGGGGCCCAAGCAUCCUCCAGACAAACCCCGAUAGUUGGGCUCCUGCAAUUGGUCUGGCUACUUACAAAAUGGCUUGUAAUAGUUCCCUGAGUAUAAUUUAUAAAAAUCAAGAGUGAGACAUAUAAGUAAAGUUACGAUAUUUUUUUGACAGUUUUAAUGCAUCUGGUAAUAGUUAUCGCCGACGGAAAUGGUCUGGCAAUGAUGAUUUUCAAUUUUUAAAAAUGUUUUCUAAAACAUACCUACAUAAAAAUCAGCCAUGAGAAUACCUAUUGAGAAAAGUUAGUGAUAUUUUUACCAACCUUUAGCCCCUUGUACCGGACAAAUGGCCGUCGGGCCAAUAUAGCAAGUAUGCAGACAUUAAAAGUACUAACACUAUAUUAUCCCAUACAUUUUAUUAAUGAGAAAAUAAGUAAGGUCUGGCGGCUCUGGGAUCUUGGACUAUAAUGUACGAUUCCCACCGACCGGCUGGAGUCGGGCCGCGCGGGAGCACAUUUUUAAAUGUGCCUAUACAUUAUGUAUGGCAGAAGCGAUGGAGUCCGUUCUGGGGGCCUACCGCGAAAACCGAAAUUCGCAAUUUGCGGGGAUCUUUCUCUUUUACUCUCACUAACACGUAAUUAGAGUCACAGAGAAAAAUGCCCGCAAUUGACGGAUUUCGAUUUUCCCGGUAGCCGCCCUGAGCCGCCGUGCGCGUCCGCGAGGAGCCGAGCUUGCGGUCGUGCAAAUGUGAAAUGGGCGCCGACUCCGCCCGUUAGUGGGAAUCGUACUUAAGCUAACUUUUUGUACCGACCGAACGACUUCAUUUCCUAGAAAUGUGAAAUUAAUGAUGACAUUGCCCCAAGUUGUCAUUGUAAAAAAAUUAUUUAUUCAGUAGCACAACUUAUUUUACAAAAAUCAGGUGGGUGGGUAAAUGUCACGCAGGGUUGGCUUGGUCUGAUUGUGGCUUGUUAGACUACAUAGAGCCCUAUUUUCGACACUUCAAAUGUAAUUUUGAUGGUAUCUGGGUACAUUUUAAAACAAUUUUAGUAUAAAUGUAAAUUGUGAACAGGUAAAAGAGUAUUUAAUAUAAAUGUUCUUUUUUUAAUACCAAGCAAGGAUAUGGCCCGCUUGAUGGUAAGCAGUUACCGCAGCCUAUGAACGUCUGGAACUCCACAGGUGUUACAUGCGCGUUGCCGACCCUUUAAAAACCUGUACACUCUUUUUCUGAAGAACCCCAUACUGUAGACCCUUGGGAACACCUCACAGCUGGACAUUUCACAGCUGGAGCGUCCGUGGGAGGAAAUUCCUCUUAAACCGCACAGUACGCGACCAUUUAUUUUAGGUUUUAGGGUGUGGGGAUAAACCCCCUGCCGACGGCGAGCGGUGCGGAGAUAGAAAGUAGCCGUUGGCAUCAUGUCAAACAAUUCUUCAGAGCACAGCCGAUUGUACAAGCGGUAUGUUAAUUCCGAAUAGGUACCUAAGUUGUGUUUGUUUAUACCUACCUAAUUAGUGUAAUUAAAAUAAUUCUAUCAAGAAUUGUUUUUCAUGAACUGUCCUUUUAAGGACGAAGCAGGGUGCGGCCAAAUGUAAAAAAAAACACAUUGUUAUCGGCAGACGGCUAAGACAGGAAAAUAACAACUUAUUGUUAUACGCGAAGUGGCCAAGUUGGAACUGGAUUGACGCACGGGUUCAGUACAAGGCCGCGCAGCCAACGUGCAAAUCGCCGCCCCGUAGCGUAUCGCAGUCAUCUCUAUCACUCUGUUCAGUCCAAUUUGGUAACUACAUAUAACCUGUUGAAAAGUUAGUAAUACCACGUAAACGUAACUUAUCGAACCUGGCCGCGUAGCCAACGUUACAAUCGUUAACGCUCCGUAGCUUAGCGUAGUCAUCUCUCUCUAUUACUCUUCCAUAAUAGUGCAACUGUGACAGUUGCGUUUCGUUCGCCACGGAGCGUGUAUGAUAUGCACGUUGGCUACGCGGGCUGGGUGCUUAGACAACGUGCUAAUCAUUAAGGCUGGUUUUAGUGUCAUGCGGACCGUCAUUACCGUCAGUACGGAUCGCUCCGCACGUAUUAUAAGUAAUGAUGCGGUCUACGGUGGAGCACGCUUACCUAUGAGAUACCUAUUUACUCCCCCUUGAAGAGAUUCAGAUUGUACUCAUGCGGAAAUACAGACUCGAGCAGGCCAUUCCACUCCUUAGCAGUUAGCAUAAGGAAUGUUGAAGCGAAACGCUUCGUAUGUAUUUGUGGAAUACCUACCAUGAAGCGAUGCCGAAGUGCCGAUUGUCUGGUAGUCCGAUGGUGAAAUGGGGACGCCGGAAUAAGGACUUUUCCCUAUUUGGUCUAUACAUGCUUAUACGCGCAUAUGCGUACUCGUUAUAUAACGUUAGUCUGAACCGUUCAAAACCUUGUUUAAGUAGGUAUAUUAACUUUGAUUUCAAAUAUCUGAUUAUCUUUAUUCAUAUUUCAGUAAACAUGAUAGGUAUUUUGCAAUUUCGACUGAAUUCGAUUCGAGAUAUGUGUUAUUUAUUAAGAUACCUAAUUAAACACUAAGUAAUAUAAUUUUUAUAUUAUUAUUAA